AUGGACUUUGCCCUCCCCCUGAGAGAUGACUUUGAAGGUCAUCUUGGCCAGGUCAUACUUCAAGCCUUUGUGGUGUUCCAUUUGUUCCCUGAUCAGGAUAUUAUAUAUCAUGCACUGAUUGUUGGGGUGCAAUUUUGUCUGUUCCAAUUUACACGUCCCCAAAAUCUGGUAGCACUUCCUCAAAAAUUUGUGGGGGAAGGGAAGGAGCCAGGAGCCCCAUGGAACAAAGUCAUAGUGUCAGGGUUGAUCCCCCUUGACCACAUCAAGGUCGUGAUGUUCAAUGAACUGACAUUGGCUUAUGAUGGGGACAUGACCAUAUCACUAGGGUUCAUGAGAUGUUCCCUAACAGUGAUGCCACCAAAUGUUUGGGUCUGCAACCAUCCUUGCCUUCCCCUAGGGAGUGAAGCUGUGACUGGAUUCACUCCGAAAGCUGGAAACAUAAGUGUGGGCAAAAAUCUGCUUAGGGCCUUCUACAAAGAGGAGAGCGAUGAAGUGCUCACCGUUGUAUUCAAGGAUAGGGACUCUGAGGCUGGAGACCCAUCAUAUGUACCUGGACAGGGGUCAUAA